AUGAAUGCCAUCCAAGACAAAGAAACUUACUUUUAUCCAAUCCCACCAUCCAACCCAUCAAUCUUUCAAAACUCAAUCUUAAUCCUACCAAUCGUUUCACUUGGAAAUGUACCACAAUUAGCCAUAGAUCUUUUAAUUCAAUCAACUUCAUUUAAAAGAAUUGGAAAUCUAGAUCCAUCAAAUCAUAUUCCAAUUCUAGCAGAUUCGAAUAUCCGUCCAUUUGAAGUUUAUCAAACUAUAGAUCAUUCCAUCACUAUUCUUCAACAACGUUCACCUGUCUUAAAAUCUGAUAAACAAAUUCAUAUUUCAAGAUUAUCUAAAUGGAUCAAAUCCCAAAACUUUUCAUCAGUUUUACUUUUAAUCUCAAUAGAUUCAGCUACCCGAACUGAUAAUCAUCUAAACCAUCCUACUAAUCUAUUUCAAUUAACUUAUGGAACCGAUCCAACAGAAUUACGUGAUAGGUUAUUACAAAACUUUACAUCCUUGAUUGAUCAAAGUUCAAAUCCGAUUCCAAAAGACGUUCCAAUCUUAUCAGCUGGUGGUCUUUCAAGACGUUUGAUAUCUAAAUUAGAAACAUCUAAUUCUUUAUUAAUCUAUGUGGCAGAAGGUGAUGGUAGACUUGAUGCUAAAGUUCUUGCUCUAGAAGUCAUUAAACUUUUACCAAAAGCUUAUCAAAUCAAAUACCCUUUGUUGCCAACAAUCAAAUGUAUUCAAAAUACUAUGUUACCAUCUCACAAAGCCUUAUACAGCCCUCGAAGCGAUGCGAGAAUUUAUGAAAUAUAUUAUAAACUUGAACUUGAUCAUUAUGAGACCUUGCUAUCACAAAUACCAGUGGUCCGUGGAUGCCCAUCAAGAUUCCAAGGGCAAUUAACACUCAGGAUUUCUUUGACUGAAAUGUGA